CAACUUGUGGGCCCAAGAGGGCCCAUCUGUUCUCAGGAGAAGGGCGAAAAGGGUGAUCUGUGUCUCUGCAAGCAACCAUCGUACCUCAGCGACCUUAUUGCGGGCAUGGUGGCCCAAACGAUGCGGCCCCCGGAGUGGAGAUGUGGUGAAGGCCGGCUGCACUGUCGGAUACGUGCUAAGGCCGGGUGAAUGGGUAACUGCAUGGGGCGAGUUUUUGGAAUUAUGGUGAGCAGAGAGGAAGAAGAGGAGGGAGGGCGCUCUCAGCUUCUGCCUGUGCAGAAGCAGCCGUGCCAAACCAACUGGGGAGCGCUCUGCAGUAGGGCCUGCUUUUAGGGGCAAUGGCGGAGUUCUUGUGGCGGGGCCGUUGCUCUCUGUCGGCCCCACUUGAGCUCGGGUCGGGGCCACCGAGUGCCUCCUUUGUGUCUAUCUGGGUAAAGCGGGGGAAAUCUGGUGACCGCGUGGUGGUUUUUCGGCUCCCAGCUCCGCCUAGCAGUGGGUAGGCGCCAUUACAACAGCCGCCAUUUCCCCUGGUCCCCGCCACCGCAGAGGUGGGCCUCGGCCUGCGGGGGUUAUGUAACGCUGCCCCGUCCGCCUAGGGUAUGAGCUGGGUUUCCGAGCGCUCUGCGGUAGCGGGCGGUGGAAGCCGUGCAAGAAAUAAAGGCUUCUGAAGCAGUAGGCUGUUGGGUUUUGAUCCUGCCCAGAACACUUGAGUUUUGCUCUGCAAGCAUAUAUAAAACUGGUUUUAUCUGCACACCUAAGAAUAAGAGGUAAUGGAGACUGAACAACAGGAGGAGACCUUUACCAACACAGAGACAAAUGGCAAACGCCCUGCAGAAGAUAUGGAAGAAGAACAGGCCUUCAAAAGAUCUCGGAAUACAGAUGAGAUGGUUGAGUUGCGCAUCUUGCUUCAAAGCAAAAAUGCUGGAGCAGUGAUUGGAAAAGGUGGCAAAAAUAUUAAGGCACUUCGUACAGAUUACAAUGCAAGUGUUUCAGUCCCAGACAGCAGUGGCCCCGAGCGCAUCUUGAGUAUAAGUGCAGAUACAGAGACAAUUGGAGAAAUCUUGAAGAAGAUUAUCCCUACUUUAGAAGAGUAUCAACACUACAAAGGUAGUGACUUUGACUGUGAAUUAAGGCUUCUAAUUCACCAAAGUCUAGCAGGAGGAAUUAUUGGUGUCAAGGGUGCUAAAAUCAAAGAACUCAGAGAGAACACUCAGACCACCAUUAAGCUCUUCCAAGAGUGUUGUCCUCAUUCCACUGAUAGAGUGGUGCUUAUUGGUGGAAAACCUGAUAGAGUUGUGGAAUGUAUAAAGAUUAUCUUGGAUCUUAUCUCUGAGUCUCCAAUUAAAGGACGGGCCCAGCCUUAUGAUCCCAAUUUCUAUGAUGAAACAUAUGACUAUGGUGGCUUCACAAUGAUGUUUGAUGAUAGAAGGGGACGUCCAGUAGGCUUUCCAAUGCGUGGAAGAGGAGGCUUUGAUCGAAUGCCUCCUGGUCGUGGUGGACGACCUAUGCCUCCAUCAAGAAGAGAUUAUGAUGAUAUGAGCCCUCGUAGAGGACCUCCACCACCUCCACCAGGUCAUGGUGGCAGAGGUGGCAGCAGAGCUCGUAAUCUUCCUCUUCCUCCUCCACCACCUCCUCGUGGCGGAGAUCUUAUGUCUUAUGACCGAAGGGGUAGACCUGGAGACCGUUACGAUGGAAUGAUGAUGCAGUGUCAUGUGGAUGCCUGCGAUGACAUGCAGCCACCAGAGUUGUUUGAGGGUGGCUCUGGAUAUGACUAUUCUUACACAGGGGGCCGUGGUUCAUAUGGAGACCUUGGUGGACCCAUCAUCACAACACAAGUAACGAUUCCCAAAGAUUUGGCAGGAUCUAUUAUUGGAAAGGGAGGCCAGCGAAUCAAGCAAAUACGUCAUGAGUCAGGAGCUUCAAUCAAAAUUGAUGAACCACUAGAAGGCUCAGAAGACCGAAUAAUAACGAUUACAGGAACACAGGACCAGAUACAAAAUGCUCAGUAUUUACUGCAGAACAGUGUGAAGCAGUAUGCAGAUGUUGAAGGAUUCUAAUGCAAGAUUAUUUUUUCUUUUUUAUAGUGUGAAGCAGUAUUCUGGAAAGUUUUUCUAAGACUAGUGAAGAUCUGAAGGAGUCCUGCACCCUUUUUUUUUUUUUUUUUCUUAAAAAAAAAUUUUUUUUCCCCUCUCUUAAAUACCUUCUUCUGUUUAAAAAGCCAACAUUCCUCUGCUUCA